AUGGCGAUCGGAUCGCUCAAAUGGUCAAAUCUCUGGCUGCACAUACAAGGACCAUCGAUCGUGCACUCUGCUCGUCAAACAUGCAUUCUACAGGUCGCUAACUGUAUCUACGACAGGGUGAAUGUCUCCGCUGGCGGGCUACAGCAGCUGAGAGCAACUGUCCGUGAAUCUGCCACGAUAAGUCAGAUCACUGUGCAACGGCUAAUCACUCCAUAUCCGGACGGUGUGUUGUUGCUGCUGGUUUCCGAGUUUGUGGUAGAAUUCGUUUACGAGCGGUACAAGGAACGCAUACUACGUAUUCCUCCUAACGCCAUGCUGGAAGAUAUGCGAGUAAAGAGUGCACCAGAGCUGCAGACGAUCAUCGUUGUAGCGCCAAACAAACAGCUAAUCUCGCUGCAGAUUAACCAAGCCGCACUGGCCAGUGUGCCGGAUUCGUUACGGAACUUACCGGAACUAACAUUUCUCAACCUUGACAAUGGCGCCUUGGAGAGAUUAAGCUUGGAUCCGUUCGACAACAGUCCCAACAUAACCAGCUUAUCGUGCAGCGGUAACAAGAUUGUCCAGCUGGUAGUUAGCCGUAAUGCGGACCUCUCCGUACCACUCGUUGACUUGAUGUUGUCCUACAACCUGCUGGAAUCCAUCGACGGAGACUUCUUUCGACCGCUGCGUAUGCUCAGGUUCGUUAGCUUCGAGAACAAUCGAAUACAACGCAUCGAAGGGGGGCCGAUCUCGCUGCCAAGAGUAACGUACAUCAGCUUCGUGGAGAAUUGCUUGAGCACACUGGACGUAUCCCAGUGGCAUUUGCCGCUGUUGGUCGAAAUGUUUUUCGAAAGCAACAAUCUCACACGUGUCCCGAUCGGGAUAGAACGACUCUCCAAUAUGACUACGCUGAUGCUGCAGAGCAAUAGGCUCACGGUUGUCGAUCUGCGUCGGUUCGAUGGGUGGGCUAAGUUGGAGAAGAUUGAUCUCACGGGCAAUCGUCUAAGCCACGUAUUCGUAUCAGGCACAGGACGUGUUUCGCUGCCCAAUUUAACGAUGAUGCAUUUGUCCGAAAAUCAGCUCACUCAGCUCGACUAUGCCCGUUGGAACUUUCCACAGCUGGCCACACUCACGCUCACCUUCAACCAACUCCACCAACUGCCGGACCUGUUCCAGAUCUUUCCCAAGCUGAGACGAGUGUAUGCAUUUAAGAACCCGUUGCGCUGCAGCACUGUCCGUCGUUGGGAGCAAUACAUACUGAACUACAAGCUAUUCAUCGACGUCAGUGCGUUCGCUAUGUCGUGCGCCACCAACGGUACGUAUAUUCUACCGUCGGGACAAGCAUUUUGCUGUGUGGAGUACUGA